AUGUCUUUGGCUCAAAUUCUGGCUGGUAACGGUGACAGUGGUGCUCAAAGCCCUCCAGAUUACCUUCUCAAUGCCCCAGUCGAGGUCCGCAACCGCGUCCAGGCUUUGAAGGGCCUACAUCUGGACACAAUCGACGUUCAGGUCGAGUUCUACAAACGCGUUCACGAGUUAGAGGUCGAGUUCCGCAGCAAAUACGAGAAGAUUAAUGAAAAGGUGGGGAGUUUUAUUUUUUGUCGGUUCUUAGGUGACAGUGAUUUGAAGUGAAACUUUAUAAAGAAUUUGUCAUGUUUACUAUUGUUCUUUCAGCGAGCUCAAAUCGUCAACGGGACUGUCGAGCCCACCGAAGAGGAAGUGAAACGUGAGCCCCUCUUGACCUACCUCGAUGAAGAAGCUACAAAGGUGCGAUGCUUUUGGCCUAGAUAAUAUAAUUUUAAUUGUUUUUUCUUUUAGAAAUUCGAAGAAUCAGCUCCAGUCACUGGUGGAGAGAAAGUGAAGGGCAUCCCCUCUUUCUGGCUCAAUGUUCUCAAGAACGUCCCACAGAUCGAUGAACUGAUCAGCGAAGACGAUGAGGCUGUUCUUCAAUAUUUGAAGGACAUCAAAGCCGGCAUGACCUCAAACCCUGAUGGAUUCACUGUUACCUUCUAUUUCGAUGAGAACCCAUACUUCACAAACACAGAGCUCAAGAAAGAGUACACUCUUUCCAUUGGACCAAACAAGUUCGAACAAAAGGUGCUAUAUGAUGGUCCUAGUGUUGUCAAGACCACUCAGUGAGUAGUUUAAUUCAGUUAUGUUCGGUUUUUAUACGUUUUUUAAUUGUUUUGUCUUUAGAUGCAAGAUCGACUGGAAAGAGGGCAAGAACGUAACACAAAAGGUGCUCAAAAAGAAGCAAAAGAAGGGACCUAAUGCUGGCCGUGUCACGGUCAAAACUGUUAGUUUAGUAGUGUAACUCGUAGAGUUUGAGCUUAUCUAACACUGGGUGUAGUUUUAGUAUAGUGACAGUGAGAUGGGUCUUUUCCGUUUGCCGUGGUUAACACUUCUUGAUGUUUUCAACAUAGGUUUAUUUUGUUAUAUUGUCGUCUUUCAGGUUGAACAGCCUAGCUUCUUCAACUUGUUUAACCCUGCCCACACCGAGAUCUCCGAGGAUCUUCCUGAUGAUGAGGCUGAAUUAUUGAACGCUGAUUUUGAGAUUGGCCAACUCAUCAGAGACACCAUUGUUGACAAUGCCGUGCUCUAUUACACUGGAGAGAUUACCGAUGAAGAUGAUGGCUUCGAUUAUGAUGCUGAGGACUUCGAAGACGACGAAGAUGAGGAAGAGGAAGAGUAA